CCUAACUCGGCCUCUAAUCCAUCACAAAAAACAGAAAAUUAAGAUGAAAUAUAUUGUCAAAUACAAACAAGGAAUUCUUUUUCCUUUGAUCUUCAAUUAAUUAAAUAUUUGACAACCCAAUUUUUGUUGGGUGCCUUUCCUCUUGUUGGGAUUUUUUUAAUUUUUUUCAGAAAAAAAUUGAGAAGAAAAUAAGAAGGAAAAAAGAUGUCUUUCACAGGAACUUUGGAUAAAUGCAAAACUUGCGAUAAGACUGUUUAUUUUGUUGAUUUAUUGACUGCCGAUGGAGUUACUUAUCAUAAAGCGUGCUUUAGAUGCACCCAUUGCAAAGGCACUCUCUCGAUGAGCAACUACUCCUCAAUGGAUGGAGUUCUUUACUGCAGGCAUCAUUUCGAACAACUCUUCAAGGAAUCUGGAAAUUUCAGCAAGAAUUUUCAUGCAACAAAAGAAAAAGAAAAAGCGCCUCCGAGCAAAGUCUCGUCUAUAUUCACCGGUACGCAAGAUAAAUGUAGACAAUGUAGCAAGACUGUGUACCCUCUCGAAAAGAUCACAAUGGAAGGAGAACCAUACCACAAAUCAUGCUUCAAAUGUGCUCAUGGAGGGUGUCCUCUUACACACUCAUCAUAUGCUGCCCUUGAUGGUAUUCUUUAUUGCAAACAUCAUUUUGCUCAACUCUUCAUGGAGAAAGGAAAUUACACUCAUGUCCUCGAGGCUGCAAAUAGAAGGAGCAAUGCAAAGCCGGAGGAUGUAGUUGAGCCAGCCGGGGAGGAGGAAGGUGAAGGAGGAGGAGGGGAGGAUGAGGAUGGCCAAGCGGAACCACCAGCUGAGGAGGAGAAACCACCGGAAGAGGACUAAUCCUAAACAUAUUCAAAUACUUUAUAUAUACAUACUUACAUAUCUUGGUUUCUUUGUUAAUGUAAUCUUUUGAAGACCCCUUUUUUCUAUUUCAUUGUGUUGGGCCAUUGAAUAUUCAGUGGUUUGACUUUUGAAAUUAUCCUCUAUAUUUUAUUUUCAGUUGGUGACUAUAAUGUAUAAC